AUGUUUUUGCGACCUAUCGCGCUUCCUCUUUGGGUAUUGUUUGUUACCGUUGCGACGUUUUUCGUUCUGCGUGCACUUGAUCCGGUAGACGUGGGAGCACAUCGGGAAAAGGUAUACGGCCUGCCACCCCAGGUCGUGUGGUUGUUCCCGCUGGUACCGGUUUGCGUGUGGUUAUGUUACGAGGCAAUCAUGCUCAUGGCGCCUGCAGGCUCAAAAGUUGCGCUCAAAGUAUACGAUUGA